AUGGCUCCAGUGCAAAUUUCUCUUCACACGGCAAGUACAGAAUUAAGUAAAGAUGAUUGUGUAGGAUUAUAUGUCGAUAUAAGCAAUGAAAUAGAAAAACUUUUUUCGGAAUUUCAGAAUACUAAAGAUGUAGAUAUACGCAAAAAAUGUUAUGAUUUAGAUAAUCAUAUAAAUAUACAAAGAGAAAAAUACAAAAUAUGCGCGAAGCAUUAUGUUUCAAAUGAUUCUAUAAAUAUUGAGAAUGAUAUAAAAAAUUUAUCAAAUGAAUAUAAUAAAUAUACUAAAUGUUCUAGUGAAUCGACAUCCAAUGGUAAAGAUGCUGAUAAAUCCAAACCUGAAACAAAAGAAUCAUGUAAAGAUAAAGAGGAAUGCACAAAAGAAGAACAUGUUCUACCAGAAGAUAAAAUAUCAGAAUCAAGUUGUAAAAAAGAAUCAUCUGAAUCUGGAUGUUUAAAGAAGGAAGAAAUUUUAGAACAAAAUAAUAAUCUUUCUGCUGUAUCUGAAAAUACGACUGCAGAGCAGAAAACCGCCGUUACAUCUACAGAAAGCACAUUAGAUGAUCCUAAAGAAAGUCUCCAGAUGAAGGAGAAAAAGAUAAUGGAAAUUUACCAGAGCGUUCAGGACAUUCAUCUGCUCAUAAACAUUUAA